UUCCCGCCAAAAAAAAAAUUCUAUAUGUACAUGUCUAUGUUUAUCUUGUCGAAAACUCAUACCAAACUUUCGCCAACAAAAACUAGAAGCAUAAUAUAGUACUACAAUGGAAACUAACAACGCUCAAGAGACGUCAACAGCUUCGACUCUUUUCGAGCAUCUGAUGGGCAGAAGAUGGGAAUCAUAUGAUUCGGACAAGAUUUGUAAUAGAAUUGUACGAGUAGUACUCGACAAGCGCAGCAGCCGCGAAGGAAAUUCAGCGGCCACAGCCCUGACAAGAGAUGAUUUUGAUGGCGCCGCUCAUUUUGCAGUCGGGCAAGAGGUUGCAUAUCUGAGAGACAGUCGGGAUAAAUUUAGCGCUGAUUUGACGACAGAAAAUGAAUAUGUCCUGUUCUAUGAGAUAUUUGGUUUCGUAGAGCGCCGCGUUUUCGAUCUGAUUGAUAAUCUAGCGGAUGCGAUGAAUUUAAUGGUCGAACAUCCUUAUCAGCAUAAUGAUGGUUUGUCCGAUGAAGCUAUUGACAGAUAUCUGAAUAAAAGGAAUUUUACUGGCGCGGCGGCCCCAGAUGAAGAAGUGCAGAUGUGCAUUGUGUGUCAAGAGGAUCUUCGGGAAGAACUCGAAAUUAAGGCGAUCACACGGCUUGAAUGCGGACACAUGUAUCAUGUUGAUUGUAUAAGGAAGUGGCUUCGACUCAACAACAGUUGCCCUGUCUGCAAAGUUAUCUGUGUGAAUUAGUAUAGACCAGUAAAACAAUAGGUUUGAUAAAAAGUGGCGGCCCAACCCAGAGGAUCGGCCCAUGCGACCCACAAAGAAGUUCAGUUUGUUACUCCCUUAUUUGGAUACUUUUAUUUCUCCAAGAUCAAAUCCGUUUCUUUCUUUGUAUGCUUUCCUUUAUUUUAUUAUUCUUGGAUCUUAAUAAUUUAUCUUUUCAAAUUAAUAUCA